UUAAAAUCAGAAGGGUUGGUGCUAGCCCCUUCUUGUUUAUUUCCCUACGACAGUCAGUGUGGAAGCAAAUACUUUACAACACUAUACCAGAUAAUUCCAGGAAAGACGUAAACGCGAAACCAAGAAUGGAUUAUAUCAUAAUCAAAUAGAAAUCGUUUUGUUGAUAUCAAUAGCGAAGUUCACUUUCCCGUAUGGUUAAAUUGCCCUAUGGAAAGAUGCACUCAAUGCAUUGGCCGCAUCCCCUAAUAUCCGGACGCUAAGUGAGAAUAAGCGCGACCGACAAGGGGGUUCUUGGGGGUGAUUUUCGUUUAACUAUUAUUCCUAUGUUUUUAUCAUUUCCUCAAGAAUUUCACCUCUAUCGUGGGUACUCUCUAUUUUUUGUUAACAUUAUAAAUUGAUGCCGAAUCUUACCAUCACUGUCAUGUUCAAAAAGCCUUAGUGUUGACGAUCAAUUAUAUUUUAAAAAAAUCGUCCAUUCGGCAAAAUAGUUAAUGAAUAGUCUUGGUAAUAAAUUGAAACUGAAGUUUCUAUUCUUAUGGUCAGCCUGGGCAUAAGCAAGUUAACAAAGCGUAAGCAACAUCCUGUUGGCUAUCAUUUAGCUAUCUUUGUAUUGGAUAAUUUGCCUCACAACAAUAUCGUUCCAGUAUGUUUUGGUCAAGCCUUUUCUCUGUGAAAGGUCAAACUAAAUCGAUUUUAAAGAUUCAGACCCAACUACUGCGAAACGCAUCUUUGCUUUGCAGUCAUCCACGAACCUACUAAAUUGUGUAUUGAUGUUUCUGGGUUUUCACCUCUAGAAUCCCCAGGAUGCAAGUAUUAAGGAACGUUAUGUAACUUAUCAAUAGCAUGACCUGCUACUUGUUUAUUUUGUUCUUGUUCCUACACCAAUAUUAAUGAAGCACCAAGUAUUAAUUAUCUGAUAUGAUACACGCACUGACUAGACUAAAUGAGCGUAUACAAUAUUGACAUCGUUCCGGUGGCAAUAUUGUAUACGCUCAUUUCCGAAAAGAAAUUGAGGUUUCAUAUAUAGUGUGAAUACUGCUUUAUUCCCAUGACCUUGUCUUUUCUACUUAUCGUAGCUAAAGGCUUUUGGGUGGAAAUAAUGGUAUUAGUCCACUUAUUUUGUCCCUUUGGCGAAAGAGAAGAAGUUGCAGCAUUCGCACUGAAUUGCACUAAAUGUACACUACACAAUAUUCUUUUUUGAAAUAUCUACUUGUCUCGAGACAGUCAGAAAAAAUUAUAAAAUGGGAUCAGAAAAAGUUUUUAAACUUGUAGUUUUUCUGACGGCAGGGUCUUGCUAAUUUGAUAUUUUUAUGAUAAAAUACUGUCGUUUUGCUAUGAAAAUGCAAGCUUGGCCUAAGUAUAUCUGAAAAGGCAACGAAAAAGCUAAACUAUCUUUUUAUAUUUUUGCUUUCAAGCCCUUCAAUACGAUACUAUCGGUACAACGCUGUCUUGAUCUGACAGUGUACAUUUCUUCAUGAGAACCGAUCGUACCGUUGUGGCUACGACCGUUCUAAUCGCAAGCAAUAAUUGAGUUGUGAUGGAAACAUGUAUACAUAAAUAUCUGUGUUAAUGAAUACAAAUCACGUUUGCACUACAUUUAUAUGAGCUCGUAUGAGAGGACACCUGAAAUAACUUCCCACAAAUGACUCAACCUGUCGUCUUGAAUAAUUGAUUGAGCAAAAAAGCUCUCGUAGGUCUGAUUUAAAAGAUACCAGCAGUGAGAAAAUAAGAUAGUCUGUUCGCUAUCAUGAUGGUGAUUUGGAGUUUCUGAGGCUCAAAAGGAAGAUAAAGCUUUGACUUACGUACGCGACCCCACGUGCUUAUGGAUUGGCGGACAUCGAGAUUGCUCUCUUCCUUGCUGUUAGUGGUAAGUCAUACACUACUUGCCCCUAUGCAGAAUAUGCAUUUUAACAAUCUGUUGCCAUCAAACUUUUUUACACAUAUUCAAAGGCAUUCUGCGUCUCCCCGGCAGCAAAGCUUAAAAAAAUUUUCUUUCAUUAAAUAUUUUUCUAAAGUUUCCUAAGUGUAAGAUUCACUUGAUUUAGCAAUUUUAAAUUCCUAUGUGCAGCAAGUAGUUCUUUUGAAGGAGCUAAGUGUCUUCUACGAAACGUCCUUUUAACAUAGAGUUGAGACCCGUUGCAAUCUAAUCAAUCAGGUGCUCCUUCAAACACUGUGGUUGCAAAUAAAGUGUGAAUGUACAAAGAGCUCAAUAACCUAGUUUUGUAUUACUGGUUAAGAGUGCUAAGAAACUUUAACUUGUAUUCGAAUGUAUGCAUACAUACAUGUUUAUUUGUAUUCGAAUUAAGGUGAUUAUAAGCUCCGGAGUGACGGUAACUAAUUUGCCAUUGCAGUUAAGCUUUCAAGAAAGAGUUAAAGGGCAAUGCCAGAGCACAACUGUCUGCGGUUGCAAUCUUGCUGCCACCUCGACAAGGACCGCCUCUUCAAGCUUUUCCCCGGUAUUUUCUGUCGCUCAUUCUGGUAUUAACAACGAGUUUAAUGCUACCGAUGUAAACGGCGCCCAAGUCAUCUUGAAUGGGGGAUCUUGGGAGCCAGCUGCAGACGAUGAUAACCCGUGGUUUCAAGCAGAUUUUGGAUCAGUGAAAACCAUUCGAAAAAUAAGCACAAAAGGCAACAGCCAUACUAACUCAUGGAUUAAGGAAUACAAUGUUUACACCAAGAAUUCCUUAUCAAGUAGCUUUUCGCUUUAUAAAAAACUUCCGGGAAAUGAAAAUGCCGAUCAGUUGCGAGUGCACGAUUUGGGCGACCAAGGUCAAUUUCAAGCAAGGAUCAUUAAGAUUGUACCAUUAUCAAAUGAGAGAAAUGCGUCACUGAGAAUUGAUUUCACUGGUUGCGACAAAGUGGAUGGUGGAUGGACUAACUGGGAAGGCUGGAGAGGCUGCAGACGUCCAUGCGGAGGAGGCUUACAAUUCAGGUUUCGCUUGUGUGAAAAUCCUAAGCCCAGGUUUCUUGGAAUCAACUGUCCAGGAAUCUCCGUUGACCAACAAUCAUGUAACGAGCAUACCUGCCCACCCACGGUAAUGAGCCUAGAGCUACAUCUACCUUCUGAGACUUGGAAUGUUGCUCUUGCUGAGCCUACUUCAACUGUUCUAUGCACGGAUCUUAAGUCAAAUUUUUUAGCGGUCUAUGUCCCACCUGGUGGUUUAGACAUCAAUGUCGCGUGUACAUUUUAUCAGUGGGACACAACGAAAGUUAGGGUUAUUGCAAAUAUAACCCUACAUCCGCCAAACUCUUUGUACAUUGCUAAGCUCCAGGAUGGUCUUCACUACCACCAAAGAAUUCAUAGCAUGGCGGCCAUUUUGGCACAUUAUUCCUCGACUGUUGUGCCAUACCCACCAAGCAUCCUUUCUUUUAAUUCCCUGGAAUUCAAGUAUAUAGCUGUCACCGCGGCUGCAGCAUCUACUGGACCUUCUGCUCUUGGUUACGAGAUAUUUUAUAGACUCGAUACCACAGACCCAGAUGGAGCAUGGACCUACACAAGUCCAGAAGCCUCUACAGGGGCGUGUGACUCCUUUCCAGUCUGCUAUAUAUGGAAUACUGCAGCGUUUCAUAAUUACACUGCCAGAAUUAUUCCUUUCAGUGGAAAUGGAUUCGGAUUUGGCUCGUCUCCAUACAAAGUACGGGCUAGAGAAAGACCGCCAGAAGUCCCCAGUAAUUACGCUGGCGUUAUGGUGUCAUCAAGAAGUAUAAGGGUAUCAUGGUCUAUUUUGGGACUUACGCAAAUGCAUGGAAAUAGUGAGGGCUACCAAAUUAGAUACAAACCACGAGACAAAGGAAACUGGCAAAACAUUAGAGUAUGGGAUCAUUGGACGAGUCAAUACUUAAUUACCGGAUUGGAAGAAUAUGUUGUGUACCAUACUCAAAUUCAAGCCAAGAAUACUCUCCACUACGGGCACUUCUCGCAUUCAGUUUCAGUUACAACCGAUGAAGACAUUCCAUCAGCACCGCCGUCCACUGUCUCAGUCUCACCAGCCUCCUCCACGUCAUUGCAUGUUUCAUGGUCUGAGGUCCCCGUGGAUGAUAAAAAUGGAAUCAUUAUCAACUACAAAAUCAAUAUCACGUUAGGAACAGUCAUGGCUGCUGAAAAUAGCUCUCUGGUGGUAGUCGAAAAUGGAAAUCAGUAUACUCACGUUAUCCCAAACCUUAUUAAAUGGACAUUUUACACGGCACAGGUUGCUGCUAGCACGAUCAAAGGGACAAGUGUGUAUUCUGGUCCUAGAACUGCCCGAACAUCGGAGGACAGGCCUGAUAUUGCACCUGGAAAUUUUCGUGGUAUUGCUGGUUCAUCUACGACGAUUAGUUUGCUUUGGAAUCUUAUCCCACUUGUGCAAAGACAUGGUGUCAUAACGAGAUACAUUGUAACAUACUAUCGUGUCGAUAAUCCCACGAACAUAUUGCAUUCAUACUUCGAUGGUGAAUCAACGCUUGCAGGAACAGUUACUAGUUUGCACUAUUGGACUGAAUAUAGCUUGAAAAUCGCAGCAUCCACUUCUGCUGGCCAGGGCCCAUAUAGCAGUGCGAUAAUCAUUAAGACGGAAGAACAUCCCCCAACUCAAUAUCCUCGAAAUUUUGAAGGUUUCAAUACAAGUUCUUACAGUAUACGAGUACUAUGGGAAAGAGUCUCUGAACCGUACAGACAUGGUGUUAUUCUUGGUUAUAAAUUGCAGUAUAAAUCUCAAAGCGAGACAACAUGGGCUGUCGUCUUUCUUCUUGGCACCAGUAACAGAAGUUUUGAGAUCAAUGGCCUAAAUAAUUACACCCUCUAUGAUUUGAAAGUUUCCGCUUACAAUUCAAAAGGAACCGGAGUUGAGAGCAACAUCCAAGUUAGAACUGACGAUGCGAUUCCCACGCUACCACCUGAGUCAGUUACCGCCAGAAACACGAGUUCGACGACAUUGCAUAUCCAAUGGCAACGUAUACCAGAAAUAUCGAGGCACGGCGUAAUCCUCGGGUACAUCAUCAAUUAUACUGACCUCGCUUUAAAUACACUAAUGACAACAACGAUCCACAACUGGGGCCUGCUACAAAUCACGUUGACAUCGUUGGAGAAGUUUCGUCGCUACCGUAUAGAUGUUGCAGGCUAUACAAGAAAUGGCGUAGGUCCUUACAUUUCAACGAUAGGGAUAACUGAUGAAAAUACACCAUCUGUGUUUCCAAGUGACCUGAGAGGGAUUAACAUUUCAGCAACAGCAAUCUUUCUACAGUGGAACAACAGCAUGCCAAUUUUACCUAGAAACGGAAUAAUCACUGGCUACAGGGUGACGUAUGUAGCAGUUUUAAAUCCAACAGACAAUGGUGUGGUUGAGUUCCAUGGAGCUGCCUUGCAAUCAGGAAACGUCACGGAUUUACACUAUUGGACUCACUACAACUUCUCCAUAGCAGCCGGUACGCGCAUUGGCUUUGGGGUUGAUAGUCUACCAAUUACUAUACGCACUAACGAACAUGUCCCCACCAAACCUCCAAUUAUACUGACUGCUUUCAACACAAGCUCAUACACAGUAAACAUAUCAUGGCAACCAAUCGAGAACCAGUUCCAACACGGGAUCAUCCUGGGAUACAAUGUGACGUAUACGUCCAUGUUUGAUGGCAGUGAUGCCUACCGGCUUGUUCCUGGGCAAAACAAUCUCAAUGUGGAAAUCACCAAUCUUCGCAAUUUUACUGAAUACAAUUUCACCGUAUCUGGGUACAACAUAAAGGGCACAGGACCAUGUAACUGGGUUGUUGUAAAAACUGAAGAAACUGAACCGAUUCAGCCACCAGCUUCUCUUUUAACUUACAACACAAGCUCUUCAAGCCUGUGGAUAGAAUGGUCAAAAGUUCCUUUUGAAUCAAGGCGAGGGCUCAUUUUGGGAUACAUGGUCGUAUAUAGUGAUAUUGUGUAUAACAUAACGAGGAACCUAACGCUGAAUGGAGAAAAUGUGCUGAGCCACAACCUGAUUGGACUGGAACAGUUCAGAAAGUACCGGAUAAGCAUCGCAGGAUUUACUAAAAUUGGAAUUGGACCAUAUAUAUCAACUGUUGGAAUAACAGAUCAAGACAUUCCAAAUGCCGCUCCGAUCGAAAUAUCCGGAGCGUUCCUUUCCUCAAGCGAAAUAAAGAUUUUAUGGUCACAGCCUCCGGCGGCAGAGUUAAAUGGCAAAUUGAUGUCUGUUAAUGUAUUCUACAAAAUUGAUGUUCGAGUAGCGCCAACCCGAGCGGUAGAUGGUAGGAAAUACCUGGAGAUGUUGCUGGCAAAAAAUAGCUCUGAGGCUUCAAGGCGAAAGAGGUCUGUAGGGGAAGAGAAUGGCGGGAUUCAGCCUGAGCUUAAAAUCUGCGAGAGCCAUUUAAAUUUACCCUGCUUAAGGCUACCAAUUUCCCAUCAAGCUAAUAAGCUGCAGGUUUUGCAGUCUCAUAGAGCCCGAAGGUCUAGCUCAAGUCUGACUGGAUUUGAUACAAUUACCGUGAAUGCAAAUGAAACCAGCUUGCAGCUCAACUCUCUCGACCCGUACAUUAAUUAUACAAUAAUGCUGCAAGCAACAACUAUUAAGGGCUCGGGGCCACUGAGCAAUCCAAUUCUGGUUCAAACUGGCGAAACAGUUCCCAGCUCGCCACCAACAGAUGUUUCGGCAAAGUUCACGUCUUCAAGGAGCAUUCUCACAAAAUGGCAACCUGUGCCUUACGCAGAUGCGAACGGGAUCGUUUACGCCUACAUCGUUUCAAUACAGCGCGCGAACAGCUCUGACCCGUGGCAAAGUCACAUCCAAUACGAGCCACACUUGCAGUACAAUAUUACUGGCUUGAUGAGAUUUGUCUUGUAUGAAAUUAGAGUAGCGGCUGUUACCAGCAAGGGUAUUGGCCCAUUCAGUGCAGGAGUUUUUGAGAAAACAGAUGAAGACAUUCCAAGUGCCUCUCCUGCCCAUAUUACUGGAGAAUCAUUGUCAUCUACUAAGCUUCGCAUCAAAUGGGGAAGUGUCCCUGAGAAUGGCGAACCCUCGUGUUGCUUACAUGGCAUCUUAACGGGCUACCGUGUAUCUUAUGGUAAACGGUAUCCUGUCCCAGGUGACAGCUUUUCUACAGUAAUCACCCCGCCAAACCAGCAGUCUGUUGAUAUUACGGACCUCGUAACGUACACACCUUAUACUAUUGACGUUGCUCCCAUGACAAUAAAGGGCUUAGGCCCUGAUAAAAGGAUUCAUAUGUGGACCAGUGAAAGUAGACCAAUAAUAGAGCCACAAAAUGUCUCCUUGACCAACCACACGUCCACAUCAUUGCUUGUUGAGUGGAACGAGCUUCCAUUCUUAAAAAGAAAGGGCGAGAUUCGAGGCUAUGCUGUAUAUUAUAGAGUAAAGAAGUCAAGUCUUCCCUUGUCCAUUAAAUGGGUAGACAUGUACCAUUUUACUGCGAACUACACAGUUGUCUAUCGACCUCCAAUUCAGGUCGAGGUUGAUGAUGUCAUUAGGCGACUUUGGUAUGAGCUGACUGGGUUGUAUAAGUUUAUGGAGUAUACUGUUCAUCUCACUGCGUACACCAAGGUGGGCACUGGUCCUUGGACGUUUGCCAAGUUUGCUAUGACUGAUGAAGAUGUGCCAAGUAGAGCAGCCCAGAACGUCACAGUGCAUGCACUGAACUCAACGUCAAUCGUAGUCGAGUGGGAUCCAGUUCCAGCCAUAUAUGACCCACGUAUUGAAGAUCCUGUUUGCUGCGUCAAUGGUAUUCUUACCGGCUACACAAUAUUUUAUACAAGAGAAAGAAAGAGCUACAUUCACAACAUAAGCAUUGAUCUGACGUACUUUGAAAGAAUGGAAAGUUUGCUGUCACCGAACAUAACGAAUAAUGCCACAAAUGCAACUCAAGCGUAUAGAAUGAGUUACGUUCUCACCGGUUUAGAUUCGUACAAGAAUUACACAGUUUACGUUGCUGGAAAUACAAGGAAAGGUCAUGGAGUGCUAGGCCGUCCGGUUCAUGUUGUCACUCAACAAGACCUUCCAGCACGAGGGCCAUUACGUGUACAAGCAUGGAACACAAGCUCAACAAGUGUCCGUGUUGAAUGGGAAGAACUAGAUUGGGAAUAUCGAAAUGGCCUAAUUCUUUACUUCAUGAUUUAUUACAGAGAGACAUACAAACCCUUUCAAGAAGAGUCAGCUUUCAGUGUUUCCAGCAAAUACAAUUAUACAGAGAUAAAGAAUCUACGGAAGUGGACAUUUUAUGAUAUUCGUAUUUACGGUGGAACGUAUGUUGGCCGAGGAUUAAACAGCACGAAUAUAACAGUAAGGACAGACACUGAUGUUCCAACCCUGCCACCGCAAGACUUGAUAGCGUUUGACAACACUGGCCCAUUCUCGCUGCUUCUUACAUGGAAACCGAUUCCACUUGAGCACUGCCAUGGAGACAUAGUCACAUACAAAAUUUUGUUCCGUCAAUACACGGAAGCAGAUAAAGAAGUGGAAACAGCUAAAAUGUCAGAGCUUGUGCUGCCAUCCGAUGUACACCAGGUUUACAUUGAGAAUCUCUCAACAUUCUCGACUUAUGAGAUCGAGAUUGUGGGUGCCACAAAUCAAGGCUAUGGCAUUCACUCCAACAAGAUAUAUGCAAAAACAUGUCGUUGUGUAAAAAACCUGUACACAAACUGGUGGGCCUAUCCGCCAUAUCUGUUUGAAGAGGGUAUUGAUGGGACAAAGCCGAUUGCUAAUUCUAGGGCAAACCCUUCUUAUGUGCCAAAAGGAAUUUUUGGGAAGUUAAUCCGAGAUAUGGUUGUAUGGGGAUGUCAAAAUUGCAAUGGCCCAAGAGGACAUGGUCUCUCCGUUUUGCACUUUGACGUCGACAGGACUGGCGGACGUUGCAUAAAAAGUUCUUCAAUACAGUGCAUGGAAAAUGUGAAUAAUGCUACAGACAUUUCAUUUCCAGUACUAGGCCGAGCACUGCAGACAAACUUUCUCUCGCGAGGGAAGUUUCUGCAUCUCAUUGAUCAUCCCAGUUCAGCCCUCGUUGCUUUGAAGAAAGUAACAAUAAUAUCAAAAAGCAAAGCUAUGAGUGUAGCAAUGUUUUCAUUGUGGCCAAUGAUUAUACUUAUACUUGCACUUGCAGCUCUGGCAGGAAAUAUUAUUUGGUUUCUGGAUUCAGGUGAAAAUCCUGAAGAAUUUCCUCCUUCUUCUCUCUUCGUUGGAAUAUGGAAUGGCUUGUGGUGGGCCUAUAUAACAAUGACCACCGUGGGAUAUGGUGACAUCACACCUAGGUCGUUUAUUGGAAGAUUAUUUGCCAUAUUAUGGACGCUGGUUGGUUUAGUUAUCUAUGCCAUUCUCUGCAGUGGGCUUACUUCCUCCUUGUAUGUAAAAGAGCAAAUGAUUCAUAGGAAAGUCGAUAUUUACAAUAACAAGAUUGCAACUGUGGCUGGGUCUUUUGAAGAAAUGCUGGUUUUAAAAAAGCUUGGCAAGUCAGUGAAAAAAAACAACAUUGAGGAAAUCUUACAGAUGGUGAGGCAAGAUCAAAUUGUAGGAGGGCUUGUUGACUCUUUUGCACUCACCAUGUUUCAAAGUCAUUUCAACAAUAGCCCUAUCUAUGUCCAGAAAUCCUUCAAAUCUUCUUUUGCCUUUGGCAUUGGCCUAACAGGAAAUAUUUCCAAGCUCGAUAAUGUUUUCACGGACUUUCUUCAUUCCAAUCAGAAAAUGCUUGCGGAAAGCAUCGUCAACUAUGUUCACACUUUCAAAGCAGAUGAGAGCACCGCUGUUGUUCCUGAAGAGAGUAGCGGUAUGUUCCAACCGAAAUCUCCAAUUUUUCUUAACAUGACGUAUGCGAUUGCAGCUUGCAUCGGAGUAUCCUGCAUCUUUGGAAGCAUUUUCACGAUAUGGAGGCGUCGAAAAGAAAGAUAUUUAAAGGAAAGAGGACAAUGUUUAGAGAAACUGCGGGAAAAUUGUGAAGGGUACGCCAAGUUGGAGAAGUUGUUUAAUUCAAUGAAUGAAGUAUUAGAGAACUUCGUGAUGUCAGUAGUUGAAAGCUUGGCAAAAAUUGAUAACAAUCACAACGAACAGACUAAUCAUUUGAUGAAUAUUUACCGGUUUUUAGAUCGAUGCGAACGUUCUGCUGUUGAUCCUAGCAAUCAGCUGAGUCAGCACGGCAUAUUUAUAGAAAACUGGGACACUGUUUAUAAAGAACGAAAACGACUAGCAAACUCAAAGAAUGGCGGCUUUAUAAACAAUAUUUUUCAACACCGUAGAAAAGGACGUACAGAUCCGGUGUAAUAAAAGAUGAGUUCAUGCUGAAACCGGGAAUAUAGAGACAAGAAUCUCUCGCCUGAGUUAUAAACUAUAAACCCAAAUAAACUAGAAAAUAGAUCAUUAUUGAUGUUUUUCCUUUUUUUUUUAAAUUUUCAAACGUUCAAAAUUUUAAAUUUUUUAUGUAUUGGCUCAAUGGCUUGAAAGGCUGAAUCGUCUACUUUUCAUCCUAACACAAUCCUGUCAAAUAAUGAAACAAUCAAAAUGAAUUUGUUCUGUUUGUUUAAACCCUUGCAUGAUGCUGGCCCAGCAGCUACUUAUUCUAAAGUUAUUCAAUUUCAUGAAAUAAUAUUGCGAUUGAUUUACAAAGAAAACAAUGAAGAGACAAUAAAUGUCGAUGUAAAAGUCUUCAUAGCCAAGAACGAUUGAUUUCUAUGAAAUAAACUAUAAAUUAUAAAUAAAACCGUUAAUUGUCCUAAGAAACUUGAGAUAAAACUUCGUGAAUGUAAAUUUGUUGUGUCUCAGGACUUGUGGUAUUAUGAACAAGAGUUUGACUUUUUAUCUUGAUUUUCAUUUUUUAAAAUGCUUCAAACAAUCAUUCACACAUUUUUUACAAGCAAUUUUGAGAAAUAAAAGUAUUUUAAAAUAUCAAAAAGGAAAUAUUCAUUUUUUUCUGUUACAUUCAAAUGAUGUCCAGGUAUGUUUAUUAUGUUUAGGUGCAGUUUUAUGGAAUGAAGGAGUUUGACAAUGAGACUAACCCCCCCCCCCCCCCCCUUGAAAACAUUCAUCCUUCCAUGCACGGGGAAACAGUAUGACGUAGCACCAUCUACUGAUUCUGAUUGGAGGAAAUUUGUAUUGUUGGCGGGAACGAUAGAGAGAGAUCCGAAACGCCUUCAAACCAAAUUUGCCGAAACGUACUGCAGAUUUUUGAUGAGUAGCCAUUUUCAUGAAAAAUUCAAAGAGCCGAUGUCAUGCAGUUAGACGAAGAGGUGUGUUAUAUGCCAGAUAUCUACUUGUAAAUUCUUAUUAAUGUAUUUCUUACCAUGCAUAUCUUUAUUGACAAGUGGCCUUUCGUUGCUCUUGCUUGUCAAUUCAUUAGGCCAGGUUUUGGAGAGUGGAGGUAAAUAUUAGAUUUCAAUUUGCAAAUUUGAACCAAAGCAGGAUACCUUUGUAAUUGACAAAUUUGACUCAGUCCAUUCCAAUUUCUAAGUAUAUUUCACUUCCUCAUUUCAGGGUGGUAUCGAAAAGCUACCCCGAGAUUUUCUUUUCUUAGUUAUUGUAGAGUUACGACUAAAAACCUCACCCUUGAACCACUACUACAUACGCUUUUCAUGUGCACAAAUCCUGAUGUUCAUUUAAAAAAUGGUAUCGUAAAACAACUGCUGAAAUUAAAUUAUCUGCUGAGAAGAAUAUUGAGGAACUAAGAACUGGGUGAAUAUAUGUUUGGCGCAUUCUCGCCAGACCGAAAAGUUCCACGUGCAAACAAGCUAGGCACAGUCAAUUAUGUUGUUCAGUUAGUUUUUCUUGGCCUUACUGCACAAAACGUGUAUAAGCCAUAAAGCUUUAUGGCAAUUAAAGACACGCUGUGCAUAAACACAACUUGGUUUAAUAUGACUAUAGACCAUUCGUAGAGUUCUGAUAAAUGUUUGUACCAUACAAUUAGGUUUUUCUUUGACUACAAAGACUAUACUUGAGUAAAAAAUAUACUUUAAAUGCUAAUAGGUUUAUUUUAGAUACUUAAAAUAUUUUCAUAAGUCUAAUAAUCUUGCUAUUCAUCACGAAUUGAAUUCUUAAAGUUUGCAAAAGCUUAAACAACUCAAUAAUUUUACUCUGUUGAUUUCAGUAAAGCAUUACAUUGAAAACAAAGACCAUUCCUUUGGACUGCAUGCUUGCAAAAAUGUAUUCCCAUUUGGAUCCGAAUCAUUCCCAUGUGUAGAAACAUUAUUAACAAUGAUCUGCGUAAAUUAAAAGCAUUGUCAGUUGAUUGGUAGAAACAUACGAACUAUCUUUUGAUUGGCUGAGCGGCUGCAAUAAAGACAGUGGCAAUGUAGCGAUAGCAUAGGUUCCAAAUCUUUGAUUGGCUGAGCGACCUAAAUUCUCCAUACUCCAUUAAUCAAUCAGAAUUCAAGAAUAUGACAACAAACGUGUCUCGCAGCUAGAUUUAGGCCUAUUUUGGACUUUUACCACUACCCACAAAAAAUAAACGUGUAAAAUGUGCUGAAAGAUAACCUAAAUUUUUUUUAAAAAAUUGAAUCUUUAAUAAAUUUAUGAAAAAACUGCCGUUGUACUCAGUCAAAAUUCUUCCUCGAUCGUCAGUUACGAAGGCUUGAAACUGUCCCUUUCAAACCCUUAUAGUAAUUAGGGGGAGGGAUAACAUAAAAAUUACAGUUUUUAAUCUUUUAAGUUGUUUCAUCCACUUAAUUAACAAAUAUGAACUUACCUUUACAAGCCACUGUUUAAAUAUUUUCUUUCCGGCAUUGAUGCUCGUGUUACUGACGGAAAAAAUCGCUAAGUUCGACUGAGAGAAAUGCAGUUCGUCUUUCUCUCAAAAUAACUACAAUUGUACAAAUUAUUUUGCGCUCAGGUACUUUAUAUCUGCAUUUUAAAGGCUUGAAGAUCAUGAGAAGCUCAAUUCCACCGAUCGUUCUCAGACACACUUGGUCUUACUAUAUUCUGUCAAUGAAACAAACGUUGUCUCGGAAAUUGGGCCUAUUGUAGGGGGUCCAAGGUCGCAAAAUACGUAAAAAUCAGCGAAAAGUCGAUUUUUACUGAAAAACGCAUCUCAUGUUAAGCUGCAAUUGGUAGGAAAACCAUUGCUAGACACGUUAUCCGCUUGUAGAAAUGGGAUCGGGGCCGUGAAUGCCCAAGCUUUUUUAUAGGCCCCCGGCCAAUGAAAAUGACACCAUAAAAAUGUUUAUAACAAAAGGCAUAAAUGUUUACAACAACGAUUUUCGCAAAAAUCAUGAUUUACUUCAUCGUUUUUUUGGUUCCCAAUUUUCUUAGCAACUUUGCAGCAUUCUGUAGUUUUUUCUAGUGAACCUUUGGUAAUGAAUUCUUUGUUAUAGAUAUGACCUAUCUGUUGAGAUAAAACAUAAAAGAAGUGUCCCUAUGACCAUCUUUUGGCUAUUUCACAAAAUUCAUUUUCAAAUCAACUGUCAAUCAAAACGUUAUCGCCGUUCUGAGCGUGGAUGGUCGAGAAAUUGAUAUUCAAGAAAAGUUUAUCAUCAUAUCUUAAGGGGGCACCUGUAUAUAAGCUUUUUCGGAAUUAAAAGUUGAUAUUUAUUCAUGAAACUGAACAGUAUUGAGAACAAUAACACAGAUAAAAAGGCUAAAGUACCGGGUCGGUCAUUUCCUUUGAAUUUAGAUCCCGUUUUAAGUGGAUUUUAACUAACAAUGUAAGCAUCUACAAAACGGCAUGUAAAGUUUCACGUCUUCAAAUUCUUUUAUAGCAUUUGAACAGGGGCUUCCUGAUUGGAAAGGGGGCAAGGGCAUGGGGCACGCACCCAAUCUUCGACAAUUCGGCCAUUUGUCAAAAAUUGCGUAUCUGUUCGGCAAAAGAAAAUUUGUAGUUGAUAGGAAAGCCAAAAGGUUUAACGGAACUUAUCAGUAUAAAAAGGACGAUAUAAACAGAAAAAGUUUUCUGAAGAUAGUAAAACUCGUGGUUAUUUAAUUUACAGUCUUGUACUGAAAAUCGCAAGCUUGCCAAUUGGUAUUACUAAGUGUGAGCGCACCUUUUUAAGGCUAAAGUGUGUAAAAAACAGGCUGCGAUCAACAAAUGGCCAAGAGAGGUUAAACAAAUGUUGAGUUUGACUUGACACCUUUAGUAAUGAUGAAGUAAUCGGUAAGUUUGCUCAGACAGCAUUGCUAAGAAGUCUUCUCACGCACUAAAAAUCGCCCAGUUCCUGUCUUUAGAUCCCUAAGAUAUAAACCAUCAGUCCUAUUGCUAUGGAGCAAAUAGUACAUAUUUGGCUGCCACAGACUGAAUUCUGGCUGAAGGAAAAUAUUUAGUAUAGCUUCAUUCUAGUAUUUUCAAGCAAAUUUAAAUACUAAAAUCAUUCGUUCCUUAAUUGUAUUUUUUUUGAGUGUAUUAAUUUAGACUAAUUAGUCUCAAGGGCAAAAAUAAGACUCCUGAAAUGUGACUUUUGAUGGGAAUGGAAGUCAUUUUCUGAAGAAGAAUUGCUGAUGACUUAACUUGUCCUAAAAGUAGAGGUCAAGGUUUGCUCUUUGAGCCGUAAAGCUUGGAGGCUUUAGACUAUUCAGAUAUCAAAUAUUAAAUAUUAAGCCUGCAGCAAACUUGAGGAGUCAAUGCCCUGAACCUACUUUAUGUCACAAGAGUUCGUUUCAACCCUUGGGCUUCAGUGGCAACACAAAGCAGCACCGAUGGGUCAACUUUACCCAUCAUGCAAUUGCGUUUUUGAUUUGUUUAUUUCGAUCCACAAUUUUUUUAUAGCUUUUAUCAUUAUUCCGACGUUUUAUACCCGACGGAUUAACAGUGCAUUCUACACCGUUGAUUGAAAAAUAUCUAUUUCGACAGUUUCUGUUCAAAAUGUUCGACAGUUUCUCUUUAAAUUUGCUAGACAUGAAAUUGUGGCUGACAGUUUGUGUUCAAAAUCGCUAGACAUGAAAUCUAUUCAGGCUGACAGUUUCUUUUAAAAAACGUUAGAUACGAAAUUUAGGUUAACACUUUUGAAGAUCACCAGCAGAAUGAGCAAGAAACCAGUAAACAGGGAACAGGCUACAACAAUCUCACAAACAUACUAACUGGUUUUACAAACAUACUAACUGGUAACAAACAUACUAUGCUGUACACUCGAUUUGCUUGACUUGAUUUGAGUUGCACCUUUUGAGAAAAUCUUUUGUUGUCACGUGAACGAAGACGUCAUUUCCGGUAUA